UACUGAGUGGAUCAUUAUCCUUUACGAAUGCUGAAGUGAAUGCACACAUGAUAUUGGACAGACAACGAAAAACACAAUGAAUGUCAACAGCGACAGACUCUUGCGCGUCAUUGUGGUUAGGCUGAAACCAUAAAAGCUAGUGCAUAUCAGGUACACUAGACGAGAAGUACGAGUACGGAAAGGGUCGUGGCACAAAGUGUCAUCUUAUUUUCACGGUAUUCCACAUUCUGAAGGAGACAAGAUGUCAAAUCCACUUGAUGACUUAACCUCGCCUACGGAAUACCCUUCCGGGGACUACUAUGAAGAUAAUAGCAAUGACACAACUGACUUCGAAUUUUGUGACAGAAGCCUGUCCCGGGAAUUCCGCAGCCGGUAUGAGCCCCCAUUAUACUGGGCCAUCUUCUGUAUCGGGACGCUGGGAAACCUGAUGGUGAUUUGGAUCUACCUGCAUGUCCGCAACCGCUUCAAGACCAUGACAGACAUGUACCUGUUCAACCUGGCCUUAGCCGACCUCCUUUUCCUUGGUACACUGCCUUUCUGGGCCUCUGAAGCCAGCAGCGGCUGGACCUUCAGUGUGGGCAUGUGCAAAACCGUGUACGCCCUCUACAAGAUCAACUUCUUCAGCUGCAUGCUGCUGCUGACCUGCGUCAGUGUAGAUCGCUAUAUCGCCAUCGUGCAGGCCACAAGGGCACAGAACCUUAAGGGAAAGCGGCUUUUCUAUAGCAAGCUGGUCUGUGUGGCGGUCUGGUUGCUGUCUGGCCUAUUAGCUCUCCCAGAGUUUAUAUUUGCCCAAGUGAAGACCAAUCACAGCAAACCAAGCUUAUGUUCCCUGGUCUAUUGGGCCAACCAGAACAACCACACAAAGAUCCUGGUCCUCUCACUGCAGAUCUGCAUGGGCUUCUGCCUGCCCUUCCUGGUCAUGUUGUUCUGCUACUCUGUUAUCAUGCUCACCCUGCUACAGGCCAGAAACUUUGAAAGGCACAAGGCACUGCGGGUGAUCUUUGCCGUGGUGGUUGUGUUUGUCCUCUCUCAGCUUCCGUAUAACAGCUUGCUGGUUGUGGAAGCAACUCAGGCGGCCAACCUCACCAUCACCGACUGCACGGUGGACCGCAACUUCAACAUUGCCAGCCAGGUGAUGAAGAGCCUUGCCUACACCCACAGCUGCCUCAACCCUAUCCUUUACGUCUUCGUUGGGGUACGUUUCCGCCAUGACUUGCUCAAGGUAUUGAAAACCUGCACCUGCGGCAUGGGCCAGAGCAAGGUCAGAAAGCUGUCCCCCAACGUUCGCAAACGCCCCUCCAUAAGGUCAGACACAGAGACUACAGUUGUACUCUCAUUAUAAUCACACCCUCAGUCCUGUUGUGCUGGUAUUGUGCUCAAUGACAUCAAGGCCUGUUUGUUCUUUGUCAAUACAGAUUCCUACAGGCACACCCAUUGUAGCAAAGAAUUAUCUUCCAAGACCACAUCACAAAUGCCUGAUAACUGUAGCUAAUGUUGAUAUUUGCUGAUAAUGCCAAGGAGCAAUAAGAAUAUACAGACAUUAUUUGUGCAUAGCCACCAAAUCUGUGCAUAUAAUGUUGAUGUGAGGAUUACUUUAGUCCUCAAGUGAGUCGAUGAGAUGCCUCUGGAACAGCAAGCCUAUCUUAUUUGAUGGAGAUUUUUGGGUAGUGAUUUAAAAGGGCAAAUUUUUAUCUCAUGAUUUCGACUCUACUCUCAGAAGAAAGGGUUCCAAAAGGCUCUUCCGCAUCUCCCAAGAGGAACCCAAUCUCGUUCAACAGAUCUCUGUUGGGCAAAAUGGUUCAACCUGGGAGCUUUCAUACUUUUUACACCUCCAUAAAAAGCUAAAAAGAGCCUUUUUUCUGAGGUGGGUAUAGAUUGAAAAUCCAUUCUGAUUUUUUGUUUUUACUGUGUUUACUGAAGCUGAAUAUUGUCUUAAAUGGUUUCAGGAAAUUACAGACUGGGAGUUUGUAUGUAGUCGUAUGUGAUAAUUUAUCUGGCAUAAUGCUCUGUAUUUUAAUUUUUGUGUACACAAUAUAGCAUUGGAAAUAUCAGGUAUGUUUUUUUAAAAAUCUUCCUUCUUUGGUGUUUACUUAGAACCUCCCUAGAAAUCCGAGCCAGUGCCGAGGUCAGCGGGGGCUUCCCCUCUAACCACAAUAUUGUCAUGUGAGGCACAGAAACAUCCAAAAAAGUAAAUUCUGCAAACCCCUCCAGCAGAGGUUUGAAUAUUACUGAAUCAUUUGCCAGCUAGUGAAGGGGGAUGUACAUUAAUUGGUCACAUGACCUGGGGAGGGACUGUCCAUCGGGGUUGUUCUCUCCUGUCAUCAAGCUCCAGUGACAUCGGCAGGCAAUGCGGCACCUGGGUGAGUUUCGCCUGUAACAGGCACGAUAGUGCUCUCCGCCAGGCAUGUUACACUGCCUAGUAAUAGUUACCACAAA